AUGGGCUGCACCACAAGUUCUGAGGAAAAGUUGGCCCUGGAAAGGAGCAAAGUCAUUGAGAAGGCCUUAAAAGAAGAUGGCUUGCAAGCGGCCAAAGAGAUUAAGCUUCUACUUCUUGGUGCUGGGGAAUCUGGAAAAAGCACAAUUGUGAAACAGAUGAGAAUAAUACACGAAGGUGGUUUCACGAAAGAAGACAAUCGACAGUGCAGACCAGUAGUGUUCAGCAACACCAUUCAAAGCAUGGUUGCUCUGAUCAGGGCCAUGCAGUUCCUUGAUAUUCCUUACACUGAUCCCUCCCUUGAACUGGACUGCAAGAUAGUUACAGAGGUCUUGUUGAGGAUGGAGGAUACAGAACAGUUUUCUGAAGAACUCUUGAAAACUAUGAAGAGACUGUGGGCCGAUGAAGGCAUCCAGCAAUGCUUUUCAAGGUCUAAUGAAUUCCAGCUGAAUGAUUCUGCACAAUACUUCCUGGAUAGCUUGGACAGGAUUGGUUCAAGAGAUUACAUUCCCACAGAGCAAGACAUCCUGAGAAUCCGAGUUAAGACAACUGGCAUUGUUGAAGUUCACUUCAAUUUCAAGAAUCUUAAUUUCAAAUUGUUUGAUGUUGGAGGCCAGAGAUCAGAACGCAAGAAGUGGAUUCAUUGUUUUGAGGAUGUGACGGCCAUUAUUUUUUGCGUGGCCAUGAGUGAAUACAAUCAAGUCCUCCACGAAGAUGAAACAACAAAUCGAAUGCAAGAGAGUUUGAAGUUGUUUGAGAAUGUAUGCAACAACAAGUGGUUCACUGAUACAAGCAUCAUCCUCUUCCUCAACAAAAAAGAUCUCUUUGAAGAGAAAAUUAAAAAAUCCCCAUUGGUUAUCUGCUUUAAAGAAUACACUGGUAAACAGACAUACGAUGAGGCAGCCAGUUACAUACAAAUGAAGUUUGAAUCAAAGAACAAGAGUGCCAACAAAGAGGUCUACUGCCACCAGACGUGCGCCACCGAUACGACCAACAUUCAGUUCGUCUUCGACGCCGUCACCGACGUCAUCGUCGCCACAAAUUUGAGGGACUGCGGCCUCUAUUGAUGCCGUGUCAUGUGACGUCACAGUGUGAUGGCAUGUGAUGUAAUAUAGCGCGAGUGAUGGGGUUUACGUCAUGUGACUUUCCUACUCGAUGGCUCCUGACGUGAACGUGUAGAUAUGUUAUUUUUGCAUGUUCAAUUACUAUUGCUAUAAUUAUUAUUAUUAUUAUUAUUAUUAUUAUCAUUGUUGUUGUUGUUAUUGUUAUCGUUGUUGU